AUGUCACUGAAAACCGACCCUUCCAAGUUUCUCAGCUCCAUCAUCGGCAGCUCUGUGGUCGUGAAACUCCACAACGGUGUGCAGUACAAAGGCAAUCUUUCGAGCAUAGAUGGUUUUAUGAAUGUUGCCUUAGACGGAGCCAAAGAGAUGAUUGGUGAAAAGGAAGGUAAAAAUUACAACGAUGUCUUCAUCAGAGGCAACAACGUCUUGUACAUUAGCGAGUUUUAG